UUCCAAUCAUAGGACACCACCCAGCUAUCAACCUCCCCCACCAAAAAUCUCCGUCACAAACUUGGUCAUCAUGUCGACGCUCUGGCCUUUCUCCCAAUUUCUCAUUCUAUUUGGACUCAUGUGCAGCAUACAACAUUCUUCAGCAAAUGUACCGACUUUUACGGUCAUUCCCCAGUCAAUGACAGUAUUGGAGGGCGAAACGAUUGGCUUGGCUUGUGCAGCAAGCGGAACUCCUCAACCCACGCUGACGUGGACGUUCUCCUCAAGCUUCCUGCAGCCGCAAAACGACGGUACUCUCAUUAUCAGAGCGGUCACCAAAUCAGACGAAGGCAUGUAUGUCUGCACGGCCAGCAAUAUCAACGGCAGAGUGGCGAAAACCGCCACAGUGACAGUAACCCUUCGUUACAAGCCCUAUUUCACAACAGUACCCUUGAAUACAACGGCUGCAAACGGAAGUACAGUGAGAUUGCCUUGUACUGCCAUUGGUAGACCGACUCCUAGAGUAUUGUGGGGAAAGAUUGAUGGUCAAUUGCCUGCAGGGCAUAGUAUUGAAGAGAAUUAUCUCAUACUCCCAAAUGUCAAUACAACCAGUUCGGGUGUGUAUGAAUGUAUGAGUGGUAACACACAUGGCAGUAUCAGUGCCAAAGCAGAGCUAACUAUACUAGCUCCCAUCAAAUUUAAGAAAGUUCCUCGUAAUCACCACGGUCUGAUCGGUGAGACCGCUCUACUCGAGUGUUCCAUCGAUCCGACGGGUACACCAGCCACAAUCAGUUGGGCAAAAGACAGUAUACUGCUUGAUAUGACAACAACGCUCAGGUACCACAUCAUCGGUGGAGGCAGUCUACUUAUCACCGACCUCCGAAACGACGACAUGGCUCAAUACACAUGCAGAGCCACAGGUGCAGUCGGUGAAGUCACCGCAUCUGCUGUCAUUCUCCUACCAAGUGCGAGACAACCCAAGUUCAACAAAAUUCCAUUGAGUGCACAAAUCAAGCCGAAAGAAACGGCAAAGCUUGACUGCACUGCAAUUGGAGUUCCGGAACCUAAAGUGACAUGGACAAAAAAUGGACAAAGUCUGGCAGUCGUGUCGAACAAUCAUAUCAGCCUUGUUGGAACACAGUUGGUUAUUCUCUCUGCAAGCCCUGAAGACUCUGGUAAUUUCACGUGUACGGCCACCAAUAUCGUAGGAAGUAUAUCAACAUCGGUCACAUUGAUGAUAACACAUCAAGUGUUUACUAAAGCAACUACCCCAACUAUGAGUGUAACGACAGAAGUGCCAAACGAGACAAAAACGGGUAUUUUUGACACUAUAGUAUCAAUAAGAACCAAUUUAACUUGCUUGCCGGUUGUUUUAGAAUUCAGCCUAGUAUUUAUUGUCUCUUUGGCCGCCGGAGGAGGAGCAGUACUUGUUACAGUUGUGAUCAUCAUAAUUUGUUGCUGCUGUUGUUGUAAAAAGAGCGAUGCCACAGCUAUGCAGAAAGUGUUACAGUCUAAGGAAUCAUUUCCGAGCAUGCCAAACGGUGGAGCAGUUCAUCUUGGAGGCAUAUCUCACUUGUCUUUUACAAACCCAAACUACGAGGGUGGAGUAAAAGUGUAUGAUGCAGACAACGAUUUCCUUGAACAAAGACUACAGAAAAUGGGAAUCCCAGUCUCCACUUCUGACAAAUUUCAGCAGGCUCUAAGGCCAGAAUGGGCAAAAAGACCGAAUCAUGAUGUUGACGACAAUGACUCUGAAGACAACGAAACUGAUGAUGAUGACAGUGAUGAAGAGACCGAGACUGAUGACAGUGAAAACAGUGAGAAAGAAGAGACGAACACAGGUCCAGAUACUACGCGACAUUUAAAACAACACCCAAGAAACCCACCCACUAAAUCACAACAUAAAAAGCCAUACAGCCACACAGACCCAACAUGGCAUGAUAACCACAAUUACAGAAGUGAUAACAGAGAGUCAUUUCAUCGCCCAUCCAGCCACAGAAGUUCAAAUCAACGACGCCACUCACACAAUGACAGCAAAUAUGGCAAAACGACAACAAAUCAUCAAAGUUCCAGGCGAGGAUCCAAAACUGAAGAUCGCAGAUGGAGUGCAGAAGAUGAGAGACCAACGACAACAAACAGCCAAACUGAGUACCAUCGCCACCCACAAAGUCGCAAGCACAGCAACGAUGAUCACCAUCCUCUCACAAGAAAGAGCAGUAACCAAGGCAGACGUCACAGUGGGCAAAGCAACAGCUACCAGUCCGAUGAAUAUGAAAGAGGAGCUCCCAAGAGACAAAGUCAGAAUGCCCGCAAUGACAACAAUGUCAGGGAACAACACGGAAGACAAAGGCAUUCCCAUACCAGUACUAUGGAUCGUCACCAGCGUGACCAGAGAGACCAGAUGUUAUUUUAACAGAAACAUUUUACAAAAUUCGUCAACUUUGAGUUUCAUCUAGUAAGUAGAGCAACUCAUUCUUUCUGUUACUCAACCAAUGUAGACUAAUAGUGUGGUCUGAUACAUAUGACUAUCAUUAAUUAACCAAUUGAGAGGCAUCCAGUAUGCCGUACGUUUGACAUUUAAAAAUAUGUAUUUUAUUUGUAUUUUAUUCACUAGCAGCUGCAUGGUUUAUUUGAAACAGAGCUAGCUUCUUUA